AUGGGUAAAACUGCACCUCUGAAGAACAAGGGCUCUACUUCUGUGCGUUCCCGCGCAGCAAAGCGUGCAUCUUCUCCAAGUAUCGACACCGAUAAGUCACUCAAAAAUGUCAAGGCUCCAACAGAGACAGUAUACCACCCACAAGCUCUAUCUCCGCAUCAAGGCGCAGGUGUGUCUAAGAAGAAGAGUGGAAGAAAAUCGCAGUUGAGCUCAAAGGCAAAAAGGCGACAAGACAAGGGAUUGGAUCGAGCGGAAGCUGUCAUGGAUAGGACAUCCACGAAAAUCGAGAAGAGCAAGUACAGAGGAAGGAAUGUUCAAGAGAGAGCCAAAGCCUGGGAAACACUGAAUAAAAAGGCACAAGAAGCUGUUCAAGCAGCGAUGGAGAAGGAGAAGGAGAACGAGGACGAGGUUUCUGAGGAGGAUGUUGAGGAUGAUCAUUCUCAAGGAGAGGUUGAGAUGGAUGAUGUUGCAGCUGCUCCAAUUGCUCCAACUGCUACAGAUGCGGUUCAACCAACUCCUUUGACUGCGCCGUUAGAGGAUGAAGAGGAGAUUCUAUGA